UCUCACCCAUUAACUUCUGCCACUGAUCCUUCCGACAUGAUGUGGGUUCCAUGGAUAAAGGCAAACAUGGCGUCUGAUAAGUUGUGGGUGCCUUCACGAGUCACGUUUUGCGAUGUGGGGAAUAAGCGACGAAAGGUCCUCACAGCGGACCAUAUUCCCCUCUCAAAGGCCGCUCUGUCGCCUCCGCCGCCGGCCGCUCUAGACUGCGCGCUCCCCCCGCCAUCCUGCGCACCUCUCCCUCUUCUUCUUAUUUCCUUUCUCCUCUCUUCUCUUCUCGCCGUAUCUUCAUAUCUUUCCAUCUCUAUCGCCGGAGGGGAGGAGAUCCCCUCUGGGGUUGUCGCGGUAGGGGGGUGAGGUAGAGCUAGGGUUUUGGCGAGAGAUGUGGGAUGCUGCGACAGUUGAUGAGGCUGCUGACGUCGCUGUGGAGGCCGUUUGGCGGGAGAGGAGGAGACGCCGCAGGCGGGGGCGGUGGUGGUGACGGGGCCACGGGACGGGAGGGGCGGGAUGGGCUCCUCUGGUACCGCGACCUCGGCCGCUGCGCGGGUGGCGAGUUUUCCAUGGCCGUGGUCCAGGCCAACCAGGUUCUCGAGGACCAGAGCCAGAUCGAGUCCGGCCCCUUCGGCACCUUUAUCGGCGUCUACGAUGGCCACGGUGGCCCCGACGCCGCGCGAUACGUCUGCGACCAUCUCUUCUCCCGCUUCAGAGAAAUUUCAUCUGGACCACAGGGCGUGACAUCUGAUGGCAUCCGAAGAGCUUUCUUAGCAACAGAAGAAAGUUUUAUUACACUGGUUUCUCAACUAUGGAACACUCAACCAGAUAUAGCAACUACAGGUUGCUGCUGCCUUGUUGGUGUUAUCUGCCAGAGGACCCUCUACGUAGCGAAUCUUGGUGAUUCUCGUGCUGUUCUCGGAAAGAAGGUUGGCAACACCGGUGAGAUUGCAGCAAUAUCAUUGUCAAGUGAUCACAAUGCUAAUGUGGAGGCUGUAAGGCAGGAGCUUAAGGCACAUCACCCAAAUGAUCCAGAAAUUGUUGUUCUUAAACAUGGAGUUUGGAGAAUCAAAGGCAUCAUACAGGUUUCUAGAUCUAUAGGUGAUGCAUACAUGAAAUAUGCUCAGUAUAACCGAGAACCAAUCAAUUCAAAGUUCAGAAUACCCGAACCCAUGAACAUGCCUAUCUUGACUGCCAAUCCAUCUAUCACGACUCAUCAUCUUCAACCAAGUGACUCUUUCCUCAUAUUUGCUUCAGAUGGUCUGUGGGAACACCUAAGUGACCAAAAGGCAGUUGAAAUUGUUCACAGUCAUCCACGUGCAGGAAGUGCAAAACGACUCAUCAAAGCUGCUCUCCAUGAAGCGGCUAGAAAACGAGAAAUGCGAUACUCAGAUCUCAAAAGGAUUGACAAGAAGGUCCGUCGACAUUUUCAUGAUGAUAUAACUGUCAUUGUUAUAUUCCUAAAUCAUGAUCUUAUGGUCAAAGGUUCCACACAAGGGCCUCAGUUAUCAGUUAGAAGUGCUUUGGACCAUUGAAGCAUAUGAAGAGUUCUUUGAGAAUUGUCGGACUCUCUCUAGCCGACAAUUAACACAACAUGUGUUGAAGGUUGUGUUGUUUGAAAUAUUGACUACUUAGUGGAAAGCCUUUAAACUUAUUAACAAGGCCCAGACUGAUACAAUCACAUAGGUCAUCAGUCUGGACCAACUGUUUGUGGGGUUUCAAUGACUACAGAAAGAUUAUCAUUUUUCUUCCAUUUUAAAGUCGAUGUUUAUCUUGUAUCCUAAAUUAUUGUGCCACCGGGUGUUGUAAUUUGACAACUAUGGAUAGCAAUUACGAAUAAAUCUGUCCUCGAUGUUCUUUAGUUC